CGUGUUUCGUUUGAAUCGUGUCGAACAAAGUGUAGAUUUGUUUACAGCCUGUACGCCUGCACGCUUAUUUUUCCGCCGGAUUUUAUCGGAAUCAAAAACUAAGGGCCACUGUUCACAAAACUACUGUCUUCCGGCAAAUAUAUUCCAUCAAAAUGUCCCGCUUCAAAAUGGAGUGCGAUCCGAUAAACUCGCAUCGACAUCGGCUGGGAAAGGAGCUCGUUUGCAUCGAGUACCCGGGUGUCGUGCGCAACCCGGACCGAAUGAUGGAAACGCUGGGAGGAGCCGCCGAACUCAGUACGGCAAUCUGUGCGGAAAAACGUCGACUGGAGUUGCGAUUCCGUCCGGAAUCGAUCUACUCGAAGCCGGCGUUUGGCGAUCGGAGUAAUAAGACUGGGCUGGUGCUGAGGAUCAGAACGCGCCGCAAGCGUUCCCAGCCGAACGAGGUGGAGAUCCGCUCGUUAGAAAUUGCCGGUCGGGUUGGAUUGGUGUUCAAGUUCGAGAGUAUGUGUGACUUCCAGCUGUUGCCGGCGUUUCGGAAUAAAACUACCACAGCCGUGGAGUGCAUGUACGAGCAGUUGGUACCGAAGGGGGCUUCAACGAAUGCGUUGGCGGAUGAUGGGUCGGAUAAUGUUCCGUACUUUUUGCCGCCGAUUACAUUCAGCCGAUUUGACACGGCUCAAAUGAGCAUCUUCAAAACGAAGGAAAUUCUGGCUGACAUGUUGGGUGCCACGGAGAAGGAACGGGCCAGAAGAACCAAGCACGGCAUCUAUGUUCCGUUUAAUUUGACUGACCCGCUACCAACGGAGGCGAAUGCCUUGGCACUUGAAACCAUCAAGAAUAGAAACGUGAAAGAGGAAGUGAUUGAGAUGGUAACUAAGAAGUUUGAGGAACGGCCAAUUUGGACCAAGACGGCCCUCAAGGGAAAUCUACAAUUGAGCGAAGAGGACAUCCGCUAUUUGCUUCCGAGCAUGGCGUUUUAUUUCGUCAAUGGCCCUUGGCGAGGAACUUGGGUCCGUUUUGGAUACGACCCCCGGAAGUUGUUCGAAUCUCGUUACUAUCAGUUGCUGGACUUCCGCAUUCGGGCCAUUGGCGCUAUGCACGAUAAGGUCAAAGUUAAACGGACGCAAAAACCUAUUAGGCCGUGUAUGAGAUUCUCCAAUCCGGCCUCGAACAGUCGCGAUCCAAGCAAACUGAGCGUCAAUCGGACGGCGGGCAAUCAGAGCGAUUACGUCUUCUCGAUGGACACGCUGCCCCAGGUGCGCAUCAUCUUCUACCAGUAUUGCGACGUUCGGGUCCCCCGGAUCCAGCAAAUGCUGGAGAAAAUCCCGACCCCAACGAUGGGAGGAGCGGCCUGUGACGAGAAAACCGGUUGGCUACCGCCCAGGUUCGAUGAACAGUGCCGGGACAUUCUGACGGACAUUGUGCUGACCAAUUUCAAGGAGAAGCGAAAGGGCGGCGGGGAUCCGACGGCCAGCACCAGUGCCAGCGAGUUCGAGACGGGCGAUGAAACCGAGGCGACGACUUUCGACGAGGAUGAGGACACGGACUUUGAAGUCGGAGCGGAGAAGUUCGUGAAGCCUGCUCUUAAGUAGAGGUGAAUUAAGGACGUCUGAAUUUUAUCAGGUAAUUAUUUAUGUCUAUGAAUUACAACCCAUCAUUUAGGUUUAAAAAUCAAAAAAUAAG